CAAAUUGCACCAAUAAGGAAUGAGCACGACAAGGUUGUGUUAUUUCUAUGUACUUUCAAAGAUAUAACCUUGUUCAAACAACCCAUUGAGGAUGAAUCAACAAGAGCUACCCUUGGACCAACACAGCUAAAAAACACACAAAGAUGGACAAAGUUUGCCCGGUUAACUCGUGCUUUAACGAACAGCCGCAGUGUUCUACAGCAGCUGACUCCUAUGAACAAAACAGAAGUGGUCCACAAACAUUCCAGAUUAGCAGAGGUUUUGCAGCUGGGCUCCGAUAUCCUCCCUCAGUACAAGCAAGAAGCACCAAAAACCCCACCACACAUUAUAUUACAUUACUGUGCAUUCAAGACCACCUGGGAC